CUCACACAACAACCCAAACCUCAGUUGUAAUCAAUCACCAAGCACCGCUAAUACGAAGUGAUCAUGACAGCUGGUGAUGAUAAGAAGGCAUCUGUGCCUCUGUCAUCUACGCCCAUCUCCAUCAAGAGCGAGAAACGCGGCAAAACCGAUUCUGGGGAUGUCCUGUUUUCAGUGGAGGAUAUCCUUCCCGGGUGCAAGGUUUUUGUGGAAAAGGACGGCGAGUAUAGACUAGCGGAAAUUUUGCAACAGCAUCAGAAAAAGGGUCGUAUUGUGUACUACGUGCACUAUCAGGAGUUCAAUAAAAGAUUGGAUGAGUGGAUUGAAACUAGCCGUAUCGACUACACCAAAGCCAUCAUCGCACCAGAAGUGAAAGUGGACGAGAAGAAGGAGUCGAAACUGAAACUGAAGAAAACAAAGCUGAAGAACUCCAAGAAACAAGCAUCUCAAACUCCUCAGCCUGGUAAAGAGAAGGAUUCUGGCUCCUCCACUCCGGUAAUUAAGAACGAUGAUGAGUUGGACUUGGCUGACUUGAAUGUCCAAGGGAUCAAAAGACCUGGCGAAGAGUUGAGCAGGGAAGAUGAGAUCAAGAAGCUUCGAACCAGUGGGUCAAUGACGCAGAACCACUCGGAGGUAUCCAGAGUCAGGAACUUGAGCUCGAUUAUCUUUGGUGAACACAUUAUCGAACCUUGGUACUUUUCACCCUAUCCGGUGGAAUUAACAGAGGAAGACGAGAUAUUUGUAUGUGACUUUACUUUAUCGUAUUUCGGGACGAAAAAACAGUUUGAAAGAUUCAGAUCCAAGUGUUCGAUGAAACAUCCCCCGGGAAAUGAGAUAUACCGAGACUCCAAGGUGAGUUUCUGGGAAAUCGACGGAAGAAGACAACGGACGUGGUGCAGAAACUUGUGUUUGCUCUGUAAGUUGUUCUUGGAUCACAAGACGCUCUACUACGAUGUGGACCCAUUUCUCUUCUACGUGAUGACCAUUAAGUCCGAAGAAGGACACCAUCUUGUGGGCUUCUUCUCGAAAGAAAAGGAAUGUGCCGAUAACUAUAAUGUUGCAUGUAUCUUGACACUUCCGUGCUACCAAAAGAGAGGUUUUGGGAAGCUUCUCAUUCAGUUCUCAUACAUGUUGUCAAACGUAGAGAACAAAAUCGGCUCUCCUGAAAAGCCCUUAUCUGAUUUGGGAUUAUUGUCUUAUAGAGCUUACUGGACUGAUACGUUGGUGAAGCUUCUUGUGGAGAAGAAUGAUCCGGCCCUAGCCAAGAAGAACAAUCCUUUGGUUGAUGAUGAUGAUGAGGACGUAAGACCUUUCAACAACGCGAACUCAAGUGAAAUCACCAUUGAAGAAAUCUCCUCUUCCACCUGCAUGACGACCACCGACAUUCUUCACACUUUGACGACGCUACAGGUGUUGAGGUACUACAAGGGCCAGCACAUCAUUGUAAUAACCGAUCAGAUUAUGAUAUUGUAUGAGAAGUUAGUGAAAAAGGUGAAGGAGAACAAGAAGCAUGAGUUAGAUCCAAGAAAACUCGAGUGGACACCUCCUUCGUUCACCGCUAACCAAUUGCGGUUUGGAUGGUAACCUAACCAUGGAGGUAUGGACUGUUAAUGAUAAUGAGGUUCAUGGGUGUAUUUGCACAGGUGUGUAAUUGGUGUGCUAAGAAGUACUAUUAUGACGAGUGAUUACCACUAUAAUGAGUGUAUUUAUCUAAUAUACAUGAGUAAGCAAUCUUCCUAUUGCGUCUCCUCUCCCCAAAUCUUCACCGAAUGGUCACUCUCUCCUGUGACCAACCGAAGACCCAGUAGGUCAAACGACGAGCAGAAUAUCGACGAUUCAGUCGAUCCCGGUGACGGAAUCGUCUUACUCGAUUGAAGCAACUCUCCCGAAACAUAGUCAAAAAUCUCAAACUGCCCGUUGUCAUACCCAGCAAAAAGAUUAUUGUUUGUGUGAUUGACAGCCAUCGUAUUAAUGAUAUUCUUAUCGGUACUGUUAAACUCGUUCAAAAGCUCUCCUUGAGGAAAGAGCCACUGCUUGAUGUUCCCCAGUGAAUCUCCAGAACAAAAUGUCAGCUCUGCCGGAUGCUCAACCAUCAGCCGAAUACUCUUCGAGUGGUGUGUCAACGUCAACUCAGUGGUCUGCUUACGAAUAUCCCAAAGUCGUAUCGUCCCAUCCAUCGAGCUGGAAAUCAACUGCGGGUCCACUUCACUGGCAAUAAGCGAUGAGAUGUCGCUUUUAUGGCCCGUCAAGGUCAUGACCUCCGCCCGGGACCGUAUAUCCCACACUCGCACCGUCUGGUCACGUCCGCCCGUGAACAAUAGGUCGAGCUGGGGGUGGAGGGCCAUAGUGUAGAUGCCUCCUAGGUGUCCGUGAUAGUUUCUGAUUUCGCAGCCCAGUACAGAGUUGGAUCUUUCCAAGUCAAAACACUUGACUUCCUUGUCCUCUGACCCCGAAAAUAAGUAUGGAAACUUUUUAGAUACUACUAGUGCCCGCACCGCCAUUAUAUGGCCUGUUAUGAUGGCUUUGCAGCUCAGAUUCGCCAAGUCCCAUACUUUGAUGGUUGCAUCGGUACCACCGGUAACAAACCACUGAUUGGUGACUGGAUCCACAGUAAGGGACCUCACCCACCCUGUAUGGGCACCUGCUAUCACUCGGAGAAGUUUCCAGUUCGUGGUGGUGGUUGAGUGUGAGUUGUUGGUGAUAGUUUGCAGUUGGGGUUCUGGGGAAGGAGAUGAGUCUAGCUCCAGUUGUAACGGGAGGUUUUCGUCCACAUUUCGAAGCAUAUAAUCCAACUUGUUGUUAGUAUAGAGUGCUGUGCUGAGAGUAUCGGGAGGGGGCACUAACUGAUCGUCCACAUCUAUAAGCUCAUCGAAUGCCAACAUGAUGGAUAC